CUGCUAUCAAGUGUCAUUACAUGACUCUGUUAUGUAAUAAUUUACGCGUUCGAAAGUUUCACAGUAUUCCAGAGAAAAACAUCAUCUGUCAAUCUACAUUGCAUCGACUGUGUACGGUAUUACAUUACCAAGUGACAAACGCACCCCUGAAGAUGAACACAAAAAUGACAGAUACUUCCAACACGUCAGAAAUGUCUGUCACCACUUGACAUUUGUCAUUGUCACAAAGAAGAACGUAAAAAGUAAUCCAAGUGCUGUAAAUGUAAAUAGAUAAAAUAAUAACAUGGCAUCUAAGAGAGGAGCGCAGAAGAAAAAUCAAACAGCAAAAUCUAAAGACUUCAGCACCCUUGUACUAAGCGAUGUACUGUGUCCUGUUUGCAGGAACAUUUUAAUCGAACCAGUUACUUUGCCCUGCAGCCAUGCUUUUUGCUUCAGUUGCUUCCGAGGAAUUGUAAACAAUACCAAUUUAAUAUGCCCUUUAUGUAGAAUACGGAUGACUUCCUGGUAUAGGAAGACUGGAAAAGCUUGUAAAUUGCUUGAUGAGGACCUAUGGAAAGCUAUCAAAGCUAAAUUUCCACAGCAAGUUGCAAACAAGCUUUGUGGAAUUGAUGAUGUUGUGGAAGAAGAAAAAAUGAUUGUUGUGGCUCGUCCUGGUGAAAUAAGAAAGGAAUACGAGGACCAGAAGCAUCAGGAAGAGGAAGAGAUAAGAAAGCUAAAAGAAGCUGAGGCUAGAGCUAGUGAGGAUCUGAUACAGAAGCUUAAGGAAGAGGACGAUUAUGAAAAGGCUGUGAUGGAAGAAAAGCUCAGGAUGGACGAGAUAAUAGCAAAAAAAUUAGCUGAAGAGAUUGCUCUUGAGAAAUUCAAAGAAAACACAAAUAAGAAGCAAGGUUCAUUAGAUAGAUUUCUUGUGAAAGACAAUGAAACGAUCACUUCCCAAGAUCAACAUGCAAAGAAAAAGCCCAUAAACAACUUUUACACAAAGGAGUAUACAUGCAGGAUUUUGUGUCUAGAUGAUAAAAAAAGCGAAGCUCAUAAGAAAGUUUUCUCUCCUAUCAUUAAAAAGAAAAUACAGCAGAUUCAGAAGAUCGUGGAUAUGGAUGUUAGUGAUAGCAGUGACUGUUUCGAAUCAGAAAUGAGAUACUUUAAACCUAUAGAUCAUAGAUUUCCUUCACAAAGAAAGCCUCCUAUCAAGAUAACUCCUAAGAAAAUUUAUGAAAAAGCAGAUGUGAAAAUAUUAUCGCCCAGUGGGACUGUGAACUUCCAAUCAAAUCUCCAGCAAUCUGCAUUUAUAAGGAUUUCUCCUACCUUUUGCAUUACAGCUGGCGAAAAAUCGAAACAGCAAAACAGUUCCAAGUCAAAGAGGUUGCAUAGCGAUGAAUAUUUGACUCCAAAUAAAAAGAUGAUUCCCAAUGAUCACUACAGAAAAUCUCCAGUAUUGAAUAACAGUAGAAAAUCUAAAAAGCAGCUUUUUGGAAAGUUUUACAGUGAUGAUAGUUCAAGCCCCCCAUUCUAUGGAUUCGAGAGAGUUUCAGAUUGCACAGAAAAGAAAAAGAAUGAUAAAACUGUUCUGGGCGAUUCAAAACUUCCAAAAAUCAAUGGAACCUCAAAUGAAAUUCAGCCAGAUUUACAAAAUAAACUUCUUCAAGAAAAGGCAGACUUGGAAUAUGCUAUGAAAUUACAAGAGCAGUUUGACAAAAGUAUCUACACCAGAAACACUAGAAGAACAGUCGCUUCAAAAAAACAAACUACUUUAGAUAACAUGAUUUGCUGCAGAGUGAAGUAACUUAUUUACCAUAAUUAUAAUAUUACUCAUUGUUUUUUGCUAAUAGAACAUUUGAAUUGUUUCUUGCUUAUUAAUUUAAGUGAUAAACUGAUUGUGAUGUUAAUAAUUAUAUAAACAUACGUGUUCCAGCUAUAUGAUGACAUAUUUUUUGUCUCAAAUGAAAACAAGUUGAAUAUUUUCCUAUGUGCCAUUGUAUAGCUUCUCAAUGUUUCGAGAAAAGUAUUACGAAUACUAAAAUUGAGUUAUAACAUUUAUAACUGUACAUUUUAAUUUUUUAAUAGUUAUUUUUGAGUGUCUUACGGCUGCUGUGAUAGUACAGCUAUUUGUUUUAAAUAAAAAACAUUCAUCUGGA